AUGUCACUGCGUCGCUAUGAGGGUUCUAAAUUGAUUCCCAAGGCGCAGUGGGACGAGUGCGUCCAUAGCCUGGUCAGUAAACACCCUUUUCCUCCAUAGUUAGUACUUCCGAGCACAACCCACAGGACGACGUGCCCACUGCUCAAUGGCAAGGCUUUAAACGAAUUCAACAUCGAAUCCCAGAUUGCCGACCGGCUGCGGAUGGCCAACAAACCCGAAACGAUCAUUCCAGUCACCCUAGUUCUUGCUGGUACUCCCCCCGCAUAUAUGGCCUUGAACAUCAUUAGAAUGGCCGAUUUUGUUGGCGCAUCGCAGCUUCGGACAGCAUAUAUUGAAGAAACAGCGUAGAAUUUUACCUUCAUGACGGCGCGCCUUUGCGAAAAACCUAAAAUCUUGGUCAAAUUAUAGAAAAACAACUUGUUUUACAAUAACUAGAACAUUAACCGAACCUUUCUUAAAGUAGAAGAAUGGGUUGUGUGACUCGUUGAUCUCCGGUGGCAAAUAUUCCAAACUCCUUGCGCAAUUUUUAAUUUCGACACACUGUUAUUUGGGCUGAUCUUCCCUAAAAUGAUUCACAAAAAGCCUACCUUGUAGAUUGUUGUAAGGAAUACCAUCGCCUUGGGACUUUUUACUUCAAAAAGGGACUAUUUUAUGCGAACUCACUUCGGACUUAGAGGCUUUAAAAUAUUUCUACUUGAAAAAAUGCAAUCUGGUAGUUGUUAAAAUUUGAAGGCCCAACCAGCAGUUGGAAAAACCCCAAGCAUGCAAAGUCCAUGUCGCUCAAAAAAGAGAAUAAUUAUUAAACUCCUCGACAUCAAACACUCCAAAACUUUUAGUCAGGACGCAAUUUCCCAUAAGAAAGCUAAAAGCAAUGUCUUUUUUGUCUUUUCCUUCCAGGAAAAUGAGCGGCCUGGCAUAAACGUUGGUGACCGAUCAAGAAGGCUAAUGAAAUAGUAACCACCCCGUAGGCGCAACCAGCAUCGGUCGCUGGGAAGGUUCCCGAGCAGAAGCCAUCAUGUGUAAAUUAACUUGACAAUAUACUGUUCGAAUACUAGUCUUGCGUCCACUCUUAAGUUUUUUUUUUGGCACUGAAACUUUAAGCAAGGAGCUAGGCUACUGCUGUAUUAAUUUCUGCACGUAAAUAUGUGCGGACGUUGACGAAAAAAGGCGAGAUGUUUGUCAAAGUUGGGGUUUGUUUACUUCAGGUGCGGUUAGAUAACCACAUCUGACCAUUUUUAGUGUUUCAAGUAUUGAGUUCGCAUUUCCUCGAAUCUGCUACGUUAUCUGGUUUUACCACAUCAAGUACGGAUCCGGCAACUAGCGAAGUAAAGUUAAUCGAUCUAUGAAGUUGAGCCACGGUCUCCUUUUAUGGUGGUUAGUUCUGCAAAAACCUGACCAAGGUUGUCCUCGCCUUUCUUUCUCCUCAAGCAGCCAUGAACCCAACGGAAUUUCACGAGUUAGUUGAUUUAUGUCUGUGAGAAGUACAUAAUGCUUUACCAAAAUUUGGAGAAACUGUGCGCAUACCCACUUCUGGUGGUAGAUUGCAGCUUUUAGUUCAAUAGUGAUCCCAAAAAAGCUCUCUUUCUUGGGGCGCUGCAUAUUUGCUGUUCCGACCCGCAAAGAGAGUCACCUAAUAAUGAGCCCUCGUCGAGGAGGUUAAGUCAUACAGCCAGCAUAUAUCACAGCUUUUUCUGGCUUUAUGGUAUUACCGACAAAGACAAGGGAGAUUGGAAUGGCCAUUUUUGGCUUAUUAGCCGUCGUCAGCCAGUCGUACCCAACCCCGAAGUGUGGCACACCCGAGGCUCGAACUCGCGACCAGUUAGUUAGAAGUCCACGCCUCUACCCACCGGGCCACGAGCCCGUUGUCCUGUCGGUUUUCGAUCGGGAAUAUACAAUGGUAGGGGGCUCUCACCGAUCGUUCUUACGGAACUCACUCGUUCCGUUGUGUCAUAAGGACACUCUCUCUCGAGCCCAACCAGCUGUAAGGCACAACGGAAAGAGUGAGUUCCGCAAGAACGAUCGGUGAGAGCCCCCUACCAUUUUCUGGCUUUGCUCUGCACACACGAUCUGAACUCGUAAUGGGAAUGUGUCUAGAAGCAGAUAUCUAAAAAGAUUUUUUAGAGGGUAAAAUACCAGCCCUCCAGUUUAAACAGCUAACGCCUUAAGAGUCGAACUAAACCAAUUCCGGUGACCAAGCACCUUGAUCCUAGGAUGAUUCGGUGGACGGUAUACGCCUAUUGCCUCCCCGUGUUAUUCUGCCUUCAGAUGACAAAAAUACUGAGGCAGCAUCAGGGGCUCUAUCCUGCAAUCUAUCAGCUCAACAGGAGUCCAGAUUCGAAGCCGUUUAGAUACCACAGCACACGGUACCUCUCCUCUACCUCCUUACCCGGUCCCAAAUUGAUAUUUUUCCCCGAAGCAACCUCGUGAGUCCGUAGCUUUCUGCGACAGUUACUCGAACGAGAGUCAGAAAAAUCUGUCAGCCUCUUGCUGUACAAUGCUUUAACUGCGGCACCAUCAAAACCCAGUCACACACGAGGCAGCCGUUCGUGGACGCCUGUUAGAAGCUACCGAAGGUGGUUGCAGGCGAGAGGUUUCCGGUGCACAUGAAAUGGCAGUUGCGAGUGUUCUUCCACUGUUCCAGGAGGUGGACGCAGGAGCGGCCACCAGUGUGUGAAUUUGUUUUUAAUGAGGCAGACUGUCACCGCAUCUACCUCACUCACACACCCAGGCUGUUUCAGUGGCAAGAGGAAGCUAGGACGACUGGAGAUAGCCGGGGACUGAGUGGUUGACAAUGCAGAACAGCCCUCCACGCGCACGCAUCACGCGUCAUCUGGUCCUUACUCCGAAUCCAGCAGGACACACGCCAGGGGGUGGUCUCGAACCUCGCAUAGGUGAGAAUGCCGUAAAUGCCAUUGCAGUCUGGCCCUCAGUUCUGAGUGGAGGCGCAAUUACCACGUCGGCUGGCAGCAUUGCAAUCUGCGACCCAUAGCGUGUCCUCAUAGACUCAGUGGCCUCAGACCGACUAUAUUAUGGAAUGCGUCAAAUUUGCCGUGAGGACGGAUUUUUAUUGAAAGAAGACCUCUCUCUCUCUUACCCGCCGAGUUACGUUUGGCUUCAACUGAGAUUGAACCUAAUGACUGACAAGUUUAUCUGUGCCACGUACGACGCGAUUACAUGUAUGGGCUGGGAAUACACACCAGGACGCGCAGACAGACCCGAAGACACGAAUCCGGUAGACAAGAAGGUAAUCUCUUAUGUUCUAUGUUCGCCAAAUUACAACUCUCUUGUGGGCCUCACACUGCCAUUGGUCGAGCCCUGAAGGCAGCAGCAUCAGCGGCAAGUAACCUGCAGAACAGGAAAAGGCGGAGAAGGAGGGAACGGCGACCAGAACGUGAUAAUGCUGCUGAGAGUCGGUAAAACGCUGCCAUGGUGCGGCCUUCUUUCGCCUCUGCUGCUGCUGCUGCUGCAGCGGCAUCAGCCGACAUCUGCCGGACCGGGGAGGGCGGGGGGGAAGGGGAGUUGAGCGAGGGCACAGAAGAGGUGUGAUGGGAAGGCGGGGAGCGACCGCGGCGCGCAAAGCAGGAACUUACGUGAUUUGUGCGUCCGUCCCCCACCCCCCCGCCCGCGUCCAACGCGCAGAGGCAUGUCGGCGUAGUCAUUUCAACUGAUGUCGGCAUCCUGACAGUUUCAAGGCGCAGAGGAAGUGGCUUUGGAGGGGUAUUUAUCAACGGUGACAGGGCGACCAGCGGGUGUGUGUGAGCGCACACGAGCGGGUGUUCUUUAUUUGUUCCCUGCCAGCUCUCUCGUCUCGCUCUCUCUCUCUCGCUCUCCCUACCUCCCUUCGUUUCCCGACGCUCAAAGGCUAGACCGGCAGGGACGGAGGCUGCGCCGUGGUUAUGGGCAUUCCCGCCUCCCAAGCUUCUCAGGCCGCCCUGCUCUGUCGUUCGCACACGUUUGCAAUUUCCUUUUAUCGCCUUCUGGGUCUACGCGCGUCCCUACGGUCUGUUCACUUGCUGCUCAUACUGCAUUGCUUGCCCAAAGACAUAUUUCGACAGUCCCACCCCCCUAUUUGUCAUUCUUCUAAAAAAUGCGCGUGAGUUCUCAAACCUCUCCUAUGCUAGUGGUAGUAGUAGUAGUUCUCAAACCUCUAGUGGUAGUAGUAGAAGUAGUAGUUCUCAGACCUCUAGUGUUCGUAGAAGUAGUGGUAGUAUUAGUUUAGUAGCGGUAGUAGCAGUAGUAGUUGUUGUUGUUGCUGUUGUAGUAGAUGCAGUAUUAAUAGUAGUUCUCAAACCUAUAGUAGUAGUGGUAGUAGUAGUAGUAGUAAUAGUAGUGGUGGUAUUAGUAGUAGAAUUAAUAGUAGCAGUAGUAGUUCUCAAACCUCCAGUGGUAGUAGUAGUAGUAGUAGUAGUAGUAGCAGUAGUAAUAGUAGCAGUAGUACUGCGUUGCUUGCCCAAAUACAUAUUUCGACAGUCCCACCCCGAGUAUUUGUCAUUAUUCAAAAAAUGCAGAUGGGUUCUCAACCCUCUCCCAUGCUAGUGGCAGUAGUAGUUCUCAAACUCUAGUGGUCGUAGUAGAAGUAGUGGUAGUAUUAGUGGUUGUAGCGGUGGCAGUGGUAUUAGUAGUAGUAGUAGUUCUCAAACCUCUAGUCGUAAUAGUAGUAGUAGUAGUAGUAGUAGUAGUAGUAGUGUUAGUGGUAGUAACGGUGGUAGUGGUAUUAGUAGUAGUAGUUGUAGUAGUAGUAAGAGCAGUAGUAGUAGUUCUCAAACCUCUAGUGGUAGUAGUAAUAGUAGUAGUAAUAUUAGUGGCAGUAGUGGUGGUAGUAGUAGAAUUAGUAGUAGUAGUAGUUCUCAAACCCCUAGUGGUAGUAGUAGUAGUGGUAGUAUUAGUGGUAGUAGCGGUGGUAGCGGUAUUAGUAGUAGUGGUAGUGGUAGUAAGAGCAGCAGUAGUAGUAGUAGUUAUCAAACCUCUAGUGGUAGUAGUAGUAAUAUUAGUGGUAGUGGUGGUAGUAGUAGAAUUAGUAGUAGCAGUAGUAUUUCUCAAACCCCUAGUGGUAGUAGUAGUAGUAGACAUGCGGGUUUUAAUUCCCUUGAAAGCGAGCAGUACUGUGAUAAGAACUGGGGACACUUAUAUGGCUGCUUUCGCUUAAUUGCUGUUAUCAGGCCAGGGGACCUGAGUUCUGAAGUUGAGUUCAACCGGUCACAGAGUUUAAUCACUUAAUACUUAAACUCGGCGCUCACCCUCCGUCCGGAACUGUCGAAAUAUUCGAUACCAAACAGCAACAUCCUUCGUCAGAUUCUAAAAAUGGCAUUAUUUAAAAAUAAAAUCUGAAUCCAGCUGUUUUUAAUGUAAUUAAACUGAUCAUCAAAUACCGGACGAUUGCAUAACACUCUAACAAAUACGUCCUAGUGUCAGCUCCAGAGAUGUCCUGAACAUGAGUGUCAAUUAGUCAUCCCUAACGCCCGUAAAUGGACCUGGGAAGACCUAUCGUAAUGUUGUACGGCUUCUCAUUGAAAGCCAGCUGUUGAAUGAAAAGCAGCAGCAGCAGCAGCAGCAGCAGCAGCAGCAGCAGCAGCAGCAGCAGCAGCAGCAGCAGCAGCAGCAGCAGCAGCAGCAGCAGCAGCAGCAGCAGCAGCAGCAGCAGCAGCAGCAGCAGCAGCAGCAGCAGCAGCAGCAGCAGAAGCAGCAGCAACAGCAGCAGCAGCCGCAGCCGCAGCAGCAGCAGCAGUAG